UCCGGAAGUGAUAGAAAGAGUGCCCUUUGUUUGCAAACAUUUUACCCCAAAACGUGUCACCACGAAGCAUUUUCAUGUAGUUACACUGAAAAUAUGCCACGGUACUGUGCUGUGAAAGUUUGCAGAAACCGCGGGGUACAUGCUUCAAGACAAGAGAGCAAGAGAAUUAGCUUCUAUCCGUUCCCCCUGCAAGACAAGCCCAGGCUUCAGAAAUGGGUGGACAACAUGAACCGAGAGAAGUGGACCCCAAGUCGGCACCAGUUUCUGUGUAGUGAGCACUUCACAGAAGACUGCUUUGAUAUUCGUUGGGGUAUUCGCUAUCUGAAAAAUACAGCUAUCCCCACCAUUUUCCCCCCAGUUGAAGAUGAUAGUGAUAAAAAGUCAUCCAACAUCAAAAGAAGCCCCAAGGCCAGACCUGGUUUGUUAGACUCAGACAUUGACCCAACUCUAUCUGAGUACUCUCGCAGGAAGAAGCCGCUCAUUUUGAGCAGAACAUGCAAAAAGGUCAGCUCAAACAUGACAACACACAAUGUUGUUGCUGAAGCCAAAGAAAAGACAGAAGCCAUUCAUGCAGAGGGACUUGAACUUCCUCUGGCCCCAGACUCUGUUGUCACCUGUCAUUCAAAUAUCCCAGAACCUCAGACUGCCAAGAGUGGGGUGCCAGGUGAUACAGUACCGACAGCACCCUGCCUUGCAUUGACCCAGUGUCAUGAGCUUCAUUCUGACAGACAGGCUGACUCAACUGUGACGGUGCUCUGCUGUGAAUCUCUGGGCUCUUUUGAGGAGGUAAAUGUGAGUGCAGCUGAGGGUCAAACUUUCAGCUUUGUCCCAGUGGAAUCUUUAAAGGAAAAAACUCUGAGCUCAUUUUUGGAGGAGAGAAGACCUAGUGAAGGAGAAAAUAUUUGUGUUUAUGAGCACUCCUACUGUAGAAGUGAUAUGAGCAAAGAUCAACUGUGGAAUAAGAUCUUGAGUUUGCACUCAAAGAUUUUAGAACUGGAUCACAGGGAAGAGUGCACUGUGGCUAGAAUCCAUGCUUUGGAGACAGAGAUAGCCCUACUGAAGCGGGAUGGCGCUGUUUUUAAAGAGAAGCAGAACAUUUUAAAAGAUUAUAUAUCAUCUGUGUUGCUCUGAUUUUCUAAGCCUUUACAAGCUAUGGACUUUAAAAUGAGAUGGUCGCUGUGCAUCUGUUCAGAUUUUUAUCUCUUUCCAUUGUGUCACUUCUACACAUAGUCCUUAAUAGUACAGACAUACAGAAUUACAGAGCAUAUUUUUUGUCCCAAAGUGGAUUGGGACAUUUUCUUUCUUGGGAGGAAAUAAUAACGUUAUUUCUGCUUAUGUCCACAUGGGGGUGCUAUAUGACCGUUGUACAGCAGUCACAUAUUUUUACUUUACAUUAGAAACACACGAGUUCUAUUAAUGCCUCAAUAUUUUUUAUGUGAUUGCAUCUCACAUGUGAUCAAUGCAUUAUCCCUAUAUAUUGUCUCUUGUUUAUGUCAAUUAGCCUGAAAAUCAUUUAAAGGAAGAUUGCUGCUCCCAUAACAUGGGCCUGGAUAAGCACUAGAAGAUUUGAUGGAUGAUUCACACUGGUUGAAAGAUUUCAGAUAAACCAACACGCCACUGAUUUUUUUAGGCUAUGCAUCAACUCUUGCUGCAUGGAAUCCUGUCUGAAGCUUUAGUGUUAACAUACUUCAUAGAUAUGAAAGUGGUUAAAUUAUUCCUUGCAAUACUGUUGCAUCUUUUUCACUGAAGAAAAAUCAAAACUGCAGCACAGUGGAAUCAGAGGCCAUUAUGUUUUGAAUGUGGAGACUCAGUUAUUUUUGUGAAGUGCUUGAUUGUCAGUCCCUGCCCCUCAGAGUGUGCAAUCACCUGAAAUUCAAGGCAUAAUUAUACAAUGAUAAAAUGUUCAACUUGUGUGAUUCUUAGGUGUUGUUUUUGGGACCUUUCUGUCCCUAUCAAUGGUUUUUUCUUCUUACAUUCAUAUCACUAACAACAUGAUUCACCAGCAGAUUCUGUCUUUUAGAACAUAAUUACACAGAAGUAAUGAUCAUUUUUUUGCAAAGAGAGAUCCCUAGUCCUACAAGGAGCAGAAGAGAUAGGUUAUACCAGUCAAUGCUGCAUGUCUGGUUACAGUUUAUAAAACAGUGUAAGGAAGUUAGUCAUCAUAUACAUUUUAUUUUCCAAAAACACCUGUGAAGAAAACAGAAUAUCCCAGAGUCUGGAAAUACAAUAAGGAACAUGUUAAUGAACUGGAUAUUGAC